AGAAGAAGGAGGGCCUGUUGGCAGUCAGGGUUAGAAAUGAGGGAGGACUGAGUGCCCUAGGACACAGAACGGGCACCACCUAGUCCUGCCCCUGCUUUUAGACUGAGCCUGUCCUUCAUUCUGACUCUGGAAUCUGAGGGAGGAGGACUCAGUUUAGGAGAGGAGUGGGCUGCUGCCAGGAGUCAAGGGGAGGACUCAGGGAGGAAGGAGGGGGGCUUGGACUCCAGAUCAAAGGGGGACCUCUACCCUGCUAGGCCAGGGCAGGGUGGCCAGAGGCAGCACCUUCCUGUGCUUCCAGGGUGUCAGGGAUGAGUGACCAUGAUUGAAGUGUGUGUUCUCAGGUCAGCAGAGGGAGGAAUCUCAGGGGCUUCUGGGAAGUUCAGUAACAGCCCAGAUCCACACAUGGGUAAACUGCCCCUGCUGGCAGCCUGGGGUGGCUUCAGGCGGGACUUUGGGGAAGGGAUCCCACACCUUCUUCCCCCUUUGGACCUUCCAAGAGACGGUGGCCUUGGCCUGCAAGUUGUAUCUACAGGUCAGCAGAGGGGAAAGGGCCCAGACCCUGUCAGGAGUGAAUAUGAGUACCUUGAGGACACUCCAGACAAAGGAGGCCCCUGGAACCUGCUGGUCUGUUAACCUGGGGAAACCCCAUGCAGCCAUGUCCAAAUGUGCUGUCCUCACUUCUGUCUCCUCCAAAUCAGGGAGGUGAGGCCUUGGUGUGAGAGAGCUCGUCAGGACGGCAGAGGAGCCACAGCUGGUCAGCAGAGGGAGGGUUCCAGCAUCUGCCGGGAAUCAAGAGAAGUGAAGGCCUCAGUAAGAGGGGAUUGGGCUCAGGAAAGCAGAAGGAGGAUCUCGGGCAUAGCCAGGAGUCAGGCUGGUAAGUCUUCAACACUAAGCUCCUGUCCAUCCUCCAUCUUGCUGCCUUAGACCAGAAUCAUUAUGCCUCGAGCCCCAAAGCGUCAGCGCUACAUGCUUGAGGAAGACCUUCAGGCCCAAAUGGAGAAACAGGCCCUUAUGGAUGCCCAGGUUUCCACAGCUGUGGAUGAGGAGGAUACUUCCUCUUCCUCCUCCACUUGCUCCUCCUCUUUCCCCGGCUCCUCUUCCUCCACUUCCUCCUCUUGCUAUCCUCUACUGUCAAGUUCCCCAGAGGAAGAUUUUGGUUAUGAUGAGUUACUAAGUCCUUCCCAGAGUCCUCUGACAGCUUCGUCCUCCCACACUGCCACGACCUCUACUCCAUGCAGCCAAUCUGAUGUCUCCAGCCAAGGAGAAGAGGGUCCAAGUACCUCCCAAUCCCUGACAGGUAGUAAGUCCUUGUCUAGAAGUGAGAUAGAUGAAAAGGUGAAUGAUUUGGUAGAAUUUCUGCUCCUCAAGUAUCGAAUGAAAGAGCUGACUACAGAGGCAGAAAUGCUGAAUAGUGUCAUCAAAAAUUACCAGGAGCACUUCCCUGUGAUCUUCAGUGAGGCUUCUGAGUGCAUGCAGCUUGUCUUUGGCAUUGACCUGAAGGAAGUGGAUCCCUCGAGUCACUCCUAUGUCCUUGUGACUACCCUUGGCCUCACCUAUGAUGGGAUGCUGAGUGAAGUUCAGGGCAUGCCCAAGGUUGGCCUCCUGGUACUUAUACUGAGCAUUAUAUUCAUGGAGGGCAACUGUGCCUCUGAGGAGGUAGUUUGGGAAGCACUGAGUGUUAUGGGGGUGUGUGCUGGGAGGGAACACUUCAUCUAUGGGGAUCCCAGGAAGCUUAUCACCCACGAUUGGGUGCAGGAAGAGUACCUGGUGUAUCGGCAGGUGCCUAACAGUGAUCCUGCUCACUAUGAGUUUCUGUGGGGCCCAAGGGCCCACAAUGAAACUAGUAAAAUGAGUCUUUUGGAAUUUUUGGCUAAGGUCAAUGGGAGUGAUCCCAGAGCCUUCCCAGUAUGGUAUGAGGAGGCUUUGAGAGAUGAGGAAGAGAAAGCCCAGGCCAGAGUUGCCACAACAGAUGAUGCUGCUUCCCCAGCCAGAGCAAGUUUUAGUGCCAGUAGCAGUUCUUUAUGCCCAAAGUAAGGUCCUGCAUAGUCAAUAAUCAAAGUAGUUGAAGUUCAGACUGGAGUUCGGGAGAAUACAUUAUAAAAUGUCCUUGUUUUACUAUUUAGGUGAUUUGAGAAUUUAUUUUCCUUUUGGUGUUUCAAAAUGUUAAUUUUACAAGAAGGUGUAUGGGACACAGAAUCUAAGCUUACAAAUACAUUCAUCUCACAUUCAUCCUGUUACCCACUUUAAUAGAGUUUUGCUCUUUUGUACAACAAAUUGGGAGGCUUUCUAUCUUUUCUGUAAUCUGUAACAACAUACAUAGCAUUGGGAUUGGAAUUUUCUUGGAAAUGUGGAUGGAUUUAGCAGUAAAGGAAAAAAUUUAACAUAUUGACUUUUAUUAUUGUAUUACAUUUAGUCUUACAUUCUGUAAAAUUAAA